AAUUUCAGAUUGUUUUUUGCAUGCUGCAUACUCGCUGAGAGAUAUAAAAACUUCAAAAUCCCCCUAUAAUGAAGACUGUUGAAAUUCCAUUUGGGUUUUUCGCAUGUCUUUUAGUUAACGUGCACGCCGCCAAUGAUCCAGACGUCUCCGUGUUGGCCAAAAUAGCUGAAGAAGCUUUAACCAAUACAUCCAUCAACGCUUGUGAUGAAACAAAUACCAACAAUUCGUUUAUUUAUUGUUAUGGAAGAUUACUGGCGGCAGUGAAUGUGCACAAUUUAUUCCAGGAUUCAAAGUCUUUCGUGGAUAUGCCAUUGAAAUUCGAUCCUGAGGUAAUACAGGAAGAAUUUAAUCGACGUUUCGGUGAAUACGAACUGCAAGCCAUUAAUCGCUCUGCAUUGCAAGCAUUUGUUGACGAAAAUUUCGAAUCAGCCGGAAACGAACUGGAAGAUUGUCAAUUGGAGGGAUGGAAUGAGCAUCCGCCGAAGCUAAUGAAGAUUCAGGAUUCAAUGCUGCGUGAUUGGGCACUGAAACUUAAUGCAAUUUGGAAAUUACUAUGUCGAAAAAUGAAACCAAAUCAGAAUCCAAAGCGAACUUCAUUAAUUCAUAUCCCUGAGGAAUUCAUUGUACCAGGUGGACGAUUCCGUGAAUUUUAUUACUGGGACGCGUAUUGGAUUGUUAAAGGCUUGGCAGCAAGUGGACUUCACAGUACAAUCAAGAAAAUGAUUACCAAUUUUGUAACUGUCGUAGACAGAUACGGAUUUAUUCCAAAUGGGGGUCGAAUCUAUUAUUUGGGACGAUCACAACCACCACUGCUUAUCCCUAUGGUUUAUGAAUAUUAUGAGCUGACACGUGACCUCGCAUUCGUAAAUAAAAUUUUGCCGACUCUCAUCAGAGAAUACGAAUUUUGGCAGAACAACAGGGUUAUCAAUGUGUCGGAUGAUAAAGGCAAUACAUUUUCGGUUUUUCAUUAUCACAGUAAAUGUAAUGUACCACGACCGGAAUCAUUUCUUGCAGAUAUUAUACAUGCUUCACGACUUCCAGCUCAUGAACGACCAAAAUUUUACAUGAAUAUAGCAUCAGGCGCAGAAUCUGGAUGGGAUUUCAGUUCUCGCUGGUUGAAAGAUGGUCACAAGAUUGAAACUAUCGAAACGACCGAUAUUAUUCCAAUUGACUUGAAUGCUUUUAUAUGCUGGAAUUUGGAUAUUUUGCAGUAUUUACUUAGAAAUACAGGAAAUCCUUUGAAAUCGAAAACACUUCGUGACAAACGAGAAAUUCUCCGUCAAGCAAUGUUCCACGUAUUUUACAACGAUACAGAAGGUGCCUGGUUCGAUUAUAAUCUGCGAACCAAAUCUCACAAUUUCAACUUCUAUCCAUCGAUUGUGGUACCGUUGUUCGGUGAAUGCUAUCAACCACUGAACCUGGCAAGACCACAACAAAUCGUCAACUACUUGAAUAAAAUGGGAGUGUACAACUAUCCAGGCGGUGUGCCAACCAGCCUUAUUAAAGAUACCAAACAACAGUGGGAUUUUCCAAAUGGUUGGAGUCCUACAAAUCAUAUGAUUAUUGAAGGAAUGAGAAAAUCAAGCAAUCCCGUGGUGCAAGAACAGGCAUAUCGUUUGGCGAAGAAAUGGGUUUUGGGCAAUUUCAAAGUAUUUCAGGAAACAGGUCAUAUGUGGGAGAAGUACGACGUCAACGGAACUGCACCACAACCAGGUAGCGGCGGCGAAUAUUUGGUUCAGGAUGGUUUUGGCUGGUCGAAUGGUGUUAUACUAGAUUUGUUAACAACGUAUCACGAGAGAAUGCGCAUUGAACCUGGGGAUUUAAUGCCGAACAACAAUGCUUCUGCGACAAAUAACAAUGGUUCUACGACAGGUUCAGCAUCUGAACGAAUGCACUCUAAAUCCAUUACUCCUCUUAUACCGAUAAUUAUCUCAAUACUUUAUACUUAUUUAUUGACGCGCUGACAAUUUCUCUAAUGUAAUACUGUCCAAAAACCGAAGGUUGCAGACUGUUGAGAUUAAUAAAAGAAUUACUCUUCAA